AUGUCAAGCGUGUGCCGGGACCUUCGACUGUACCUCCGCCUAUUGCACCUCCUGGGCAUGAUGUGUUGUCACUUCGAUUCGGAGCAUUGCAAGCUACUUGCAACGCCGCAAAGCGAACGAUAUGCUCUAGCUUACGCGAGUCUGAUGUUCACCGCCACCACGGCCUGCUUCACCUUUGCCCACCUGCAGCCACAUCUCUUCUACAUAGGCAUUUACAACCGGACGGGAAACUUUUACGAGACCCUCAUCUUUCGAAGCACGUGCCUGGUGCUUUCCCUGCUCUACUUGGUUAUGUAUGUGCGACGUCAUCGGCACAGGGAUCUGGUGCAACACCUAUUGCGUCUGAAUAGACGAUGCCUGGGUAAAUCCAGAGACCGCCAGUUCCUGCACAACCUAAUCCUGUACGGAGUGCUCACCGUGGUCUGCUUCGGCAACUAUUUUCAUGGUUACAGUCGCUCUGGAUUGGCAGUGAUUCCGCUGACUAUGUAUAUGGUGGUCUACAUCUAUGCCUUCUCGGUUAUCUGCCUGCUGUUGGUGUUCUUUGUGUGCCUCAAGCAAAUCAUGGCCGCCGGUUUGAUCCACUACAAUGGCCAGCUGGACCAGGGUCAUCUGAUUGCUGGUCUUAGGGGCAGACAACAGAUCCUAAAGGUUUGCAUGGGUGAGCUGAACGAUUGCUUCGGCUUGCUCAUGCUGCCCAUUGUGGGACUGAUACUGCUGAUGGCGCCUUCGGGACCCUUUUACUUGAUUAGCACCGUUCUAGAGGGCAAAUUCGGACCUAACGAAUGCUUAUCCAUGCUCUUGACCUCCUCCACAUGGGACUCGCCCUGGAUGAUUAUGUUGGUUCUAAUGCUGAGCACCAAUGGCAUAACGGUGGAAGCCAACAAAACAGCAAAGAUAUUGGCUAAAGUUCCAAGAACCGGAACUGGUUUGGAUAGAAUGAUUGAAAAAUUUCUACUGAAGAACCUUCGACAGCAGCCCAUUCUAACAGCCUAUGGAUUUUUUGCCCUAGAUAAAAGUACCUUGUUUAAGCUAUUUACAGCAAUCUUUACGUACAUGGUGAUUUUGGUUCAGUUCAAGGAAAUGGAAAACACCACAAAGACCAUUAACAAAUUUUGAUUGACUUACCGAAUCGUAUGUUAAACAGCCCGUGGCCUUCGAUCUAUAGUU